GGCCUCUGCAGGCGUGUGGCCGCGGGUGUUGCGGGAGUGGGCGAGAUCGGUCUUGCGGGAGUGGGCGAGGUCGGUCUUGCGCGAGAGCAGGUAGCGCGCUGCCUACGGGCGGAUGAAGCGGGCGGCGCUGUAGAGGAGUGUGUUGCCGUCGGCGUCGGUGGCGGUCCAGAGCGGGUAACCUAGGUUCGCGGGGAGGGUCUGCUGGAGGAUGGUGGCUAGGGUUUGGUCUGGCGUGUUGGCCUCGUUAGCUAUGUGGUGGAAGAGCAUGGCUGGUGAUGGUGGCGGUGGUGCUGGUGCAGGGGCGGUCGGCAGGUUGUGGUCUUGCCGCCUGCCCAGCCCGGAGCGACGUUAUGCCGGCUCGACGCGGAUGUGUUCUGCGAGCAUUAGAUCGCCGCGGUCGAGCUCGUUGCCCCAGACGCCGCCAGAGAGUAUUAAAGGCUCGGCUUGGGCGGCAAAAAACCUAAUUGUCAACCUCGGGGCGCCUAAAUCAUGUUCGUAUUAAUCAAGAUCAACCUAUAACCACGAACUCCCACCCUCGAGUGACCAAACUACAUUACUCCGAGUGACCAAACUACAUUACUCCAGCGCGUACGACAGUCUUUCAUCGAUGGCGGCUUCUCAACUUGAUCCGCUGCCACCGAGUUGUGCCGGUUCCAACACUCAAUUUGGAGACGAUGGCACCAAGCCUCUGAUCUCUGGCGGUGAGGCUGAAAAAGACGACUUGCCAAAAUACGAAGAAGGCCCACAAGAGUUCCUAAGAGUUUGGCGGCACCCCCCCCGAAUCCAGCGAGGAAGAAUUGCGCGUCCUCGACACAAUGCUGGCCGAGAUGCAGG